CGGUAUGUCUGGGAUUGGCUGAAGGCAAAUCGGUGGUGAGAGAUGGUCAUUUAACAUUAUGUUGGUCGACGCAGAUCUGUGCAACGAGUGCACCCAUCGACAAAAGACCGGACCAAAAUUCAUUUUAAGCAGGCACAUGUCAAGGAAGUCCCAAUCAACAUGGUCAUAUGCCUUUUCGAAGUCUAUGAAGAGGAUCGCAGCUUGGACCCUCCGUUGGUGGGCAUAUUUGAUGGUCUCAUUGACCAACAGGAUAUUAUCCUGGAUGUUCCGAUUGGGCACGAAUCCUAGUUGGAGAGACAGUACCAAGACCUGACGCAACAGCAUCAGGAGUUGGCAAAGCUCCGCCGCAUAGUGCAGAGCCACGAGGAUGCAACUCGGGCACUCAAUGCCCGAUUGCUGGACCUGGAACAGGCCGUACAAGGACCAGCUGCUGGGGCUUCCAGCAAUGCACCCUCUAGCCGCCAACUGGAGGACUGCGUUGACCAUGUAGUGGCAAUGCUCGGCGACAUCAGCACUUUCGCUGCGCCGACCACCACCAUCAGCAGUCAACUGCAUACAUUGAAGACCGAGGUCCAGCAGCUGCAGUCGACGAACGAGGACGACAAUCCGAAGAUGUACAAGAUACCAACUUUCAACCUAGAGAGGUUCGACGACUACACGCAGCAGGAUCCGGUCCUCUGGUGGGAAGCAUUCACAACGCAACUCAGGAUUCCGCCCGUAGCCAAGCAUGCGUACAUCAGCGCCCUGUUGCUGAACUCAAAGGGCGCAUGCCAAACCUGGUUGAGCCACCUGGCAACCUCCCACGGCGUCGACGUACCAGACUUGAAGGAAAAAAUCACAUGGGAGGAACUGACACGGCUAUGGAAGAAGCGGUUCAUCGUCGACGACGCGCCGACACUCGCCAUCAACCGUUUGUUCACCAUGUCACAGGGCAACACUGCAACACGGGAUUGGCUCACAGAGUGGCAGAAGAUUGCGGCAGUGCCCAAUCUGGAUCUGCCUUUCACUCAUCUCAGACGUGAGUUCUACAAUAGGUCAUGUGCUGCAUUGAGCCAGGCCCUUGGUGAUCGCGAGCAAUACUCCACUUUCACCGAGAUUAUCGACAAGGCGAGAGAGAUCAUCAAGACCAACAGGUCAGCUGCACACGAGAAAUCAACAUGGCAGCCGACCUAUGUGGAGAAGGUACGAACUGGUCCGCGACAGCAGCACUUCGCUGCAGUCCAGCAGCACAGUGGAAAUAACCCAGCAGCCACUCCAGCAUCAGGUGACGGAGAUCAGGUGGCUGCUGUCCAGCCGCGAAGCAACAACAAGUCCCGCAACAAUGGGAAGGCGAAACCAGCAUCGCAGGCUGGAAAUGGACCACUUCCAUGGGUCAAGUUCGGCUUGACCGAGGCGGAGUACAAGGUCCGCGGCCGCUACGGCAGCUGCUAUUGGUGCAACAGCACCAAGCCCAAGACCUCCUUGUGCCAGGAUCAGGGCAAGGAGGAUGUGCGACCCCGCCUCAACUCGGGAAACUGAGCUCCGCGGAAGUACCAGCUCCGUUGAUGGACGCCGGAACAAAGGUUGUCGACCUUC